AUGUAUGGCCUUUUGGUAUUCCCUCGCAGGUACUUCAUUCUCAUUGAUGACAUAUGGGAUAAAUCUGUGUGGAAGAAUAUUAGAUGUGCUCUGAUUGAGAAUGAAUGUGGUAGUAGAGUAAUUGCAACAACUCGCAUUCUGGAUGUUGCCAAAGAAGUUGGUGGUGUUUAUCAUCUUAAACCUCUUUCUACUAGUGACUCAAGAAAGUUAUUCUACCAAAGAAUAUUUGGAACUGAGGACAAGCGCCCACAUAUUCAGUUGACUAAAGUAAGUGAGAACAUUUUGCAGAAAUGUGGUGGAGUACCAUUGGCUAUCAUUACACUGGCUAGUAAAAAGGAACAUCAAAAUGCAUAUACGUAUUGGUACAAGGUGUACCAAUCUAUGGGUUCUGGACUUGAAAAUAACCCUGACCUGAAGGACAUGAGAAGGAUACUAUAUUUGAGUUACCAUGACCUACCACCAAACCUUAAGGCUUGUUUACUGUAUCUCAGUUUGUAUCCAGAGGAUUAUAAGAUUAAGACCAAAGAGUUGAUAUGGAAAUGGAUAGGUGAAGGAAUGGCUCGUGAAGAGCAGGGAAAGAGCUUGUAUGAAGUAGGAGAGGAGUAUGUUGCUGAGCUUAUUAACAAAAGCUUGAUCCAACCGAUGCAUAUCAAAUUUGCAGAUAAGGCGAGCUCUUGUCGUGUGCACGAUAUGCUGCUUGACCUUAUCACUUCCUUGUCAAAUGAGGAGAACUUUCUCGCAACAUUGGGUGGUCACCAGCCAAUUUCACUUCCAAGCAAGGUCCGUCGACUGUCUCUCCAAACCAGUAUCGAAGAGGAUGUCAAACAAAUGCCAACCCUGAGCAGCUUGUCCCAUGUGAGAUCACUUACUGUGUUCAGUAAAGACCUCAGUUUGUUGUCAGAACUUUCAGGUUUUCUUGUCCUACGUGCAUUGGAUUUAAGUGGUUGUGAGGAAGUGGGCAAUCAUCAUAUAAAGGACAUUUGCAAUUUAUUUCACCUGAGGUAUCUGAGUUUAAAAGGGACAUCUAUCACUGAGAUCCCGAAAGAGAUGAACAAUCUACAACUUCUGCAACUGCUAGACAUAAGGUCCACCAAAAUGAAAAAAUUGCCAUCAACCUUUGUUCAGCUAAGACAAUUGGUUUUCGUUGACAUGUGUGAUAGGAUGGUCUCAACAUUGCUUCUAAAAGCAAUGUCCACCAUGCCCUCCCUCUCUUCCCUUGCAAUUGGAUUAAGUGAACCAAGAGAGGAAGACCUCCGAAUACAUGGGAGCAUGCCGUCUCUGCGUGACCUUUACAUAUAUGUACUGUUAGAGAGAAAAGGCGCAGAUAAAAGGUUAGUCAUUGACAAUGGUUGUCCCUUCCAGUCUCUGACAAGGUUCAGUAUAAAGAGUUGCAACGCCAUUGAGUUCAUGUUUGCACAAGGAACCUCGCAAAAGCUCCAAAUCCUGGAGUUAGAAUUUUAUGUUGAGAACACAAAAGACAAAUUCGGUGAUUUUCAGUUUGGUCUGGAGAACCUCUCUUCACUUGACCAUGUCUAUGUGGUUGCCCGUGGUGGUAGUAGUGAUGGUGAGCUGAUCGGUGCAUUCCAGAAAGUGCUCGAUAUUAAUCCCAACAAGCCCACACUGACGGUGAAGGAGGUAACUCCGCGCUGAUUCACCCUUGCAAGCAACAGGCUUAGUUUUUUUACCCGCAAAAAAAAAGUUCAAUGCGUUAGUAACUUAAUUAGAUUGUCUGCUUUUUACUACACUAGAUAAUA